CCCUCUUUGCCUUAGGUUCCAAACAGUCUUUUUGCCACCAUAGCGGCACCCCUAAAUCGAAGACCAAAACUUUAGAGCUUCCCCAUUCACCUUUUCCUUCUUCUCAGAUUUUUUCAUCAUUCAGUUCACUCUAAUCUUCAUUUUAUGUUUACAAAAUUGCCAUAAUAAUAAAGAAAAAGACGCAGUAUUCUCGUACUGUGUUGUGCUUCUCCUUUCCUUGACAAAACCCCACCAAAGUUUGUUGCCUACUUAUUUGAAUUGUCCAUGAGAAACCUUCUCUGUUGGCAGUGUAGAAGAGAAAUUUCAAAACUUGUGUAAUGGGUUUACCUUUUUCACAUGAAGAGAGCAGUUAUCUCCUCUUAUUUCAACUGUUUUCGUUAUAAUGAUCGUAAUCCAUUUAUGGGUUUUGGUCCAAAAUGUCUGAGUGUGAAGUUUUCCUCCUCUUUGGGUUUAAGCAAUGCCAGACCUUUUCCUGAUUACUCCCCAAGAAAGCCUUCAGUUAAAGACACUGACUUUGUGCACCAUAUUUCCACCACCGUUAAGCAGCGCCGCUCCGAGCCUCUUCGCCGGAUUCUCAAGCCCUUCGAGGCAAAGUUCAAGCCUGACCAUUUCAUUUGGGUUCUUAUGAACAUCAAGGAUGAUUAUAAACUGGUGUUGGAUUUCUUCAACUGGACGCGCCUGCGGAGGGACCCUUCUUUGGAAGCCCUUUGCAUUGUUGUUCAUAUUGCUGUGGCUUCUAAGGACUUGAGAACGGCUCAUAGGCUGGUUUUUGAGUUCUGGGAAAAGCCUCAUUUGGAUGUUGGUAACUCGUUUGCUGAAUUUACCGAGAGGUUGAUUUAUACUUACAAGGACUGGGGUGCACAUCCCUUUGUGUUUGAUGUCUUCUUCCAAGUUCUUGUUGAAGCAGGGUGGCUUCUAGAGGCUCGGAAACUGUUUGAUAAAUUGGUAAAUUACGGCGUUCUUGUUUCUGUAGAUUCUUGUAAUUUGUUUCUAGCUAGGCUAUCUAACAGUUUUGAUGGGAAAAAGAUGGCAAUUAAGGUUUUCAAAGAGUAUCCAGAAGUGGGUGUUUGUUGGAACACCAUGUCGUAUAAUAUUAUUCUCCAUUCACUCUGUCAAUUGGGUUGCUUAAAAGAAGCGCAUAAUCUGCUCUUACAAAUGGAGUUUAGGGGGAGCUUUCCUGAUGUUGUAAGUUAUAGUGUUAUAAUUAAUGGAUACUGUCAGGUUGAACAGAUAGGAAAGGUCUUGAAGCUCCUGGAAGAGUUGCAGGGAAAGAGGUGUAAGCCAAAUCAAUACACAUACAAUAGCGUAAUUUCCCUUCUUUGUAAGACUGGUAGAGUGGUUGAAGCGGAGCAAGUCCUGAAGGAGAUGAUAAACCAGAGGAUUUUUCCUGAUAAGGUUGUGUAUACAACUCUCAUCAGUGGGUUCGGCAAGUCUGGGAAUGUUUCAGCUGAAUACAAACUGUUUGAUGAAAUGAGGCAUAAGAAAAUAGUUCCCGAUUUCGUGACUUAUACUUCCAUGAUUAACGGGCUCUGUGAAGCUGGAAAGGUUGUGGAAGCACGCCAACUGUUUAGUGAAAUGUUUAGGAAAGGUUUGGAACCAGAUGAAGUUACUUAUACUGCUCUUAUAGAUGGGUAUUGCAAGGCCGGGGAAAUGAAUGAUGCAUUCUCUCUUCACAACCAGAUGGUUGAGAAGGGUUUGACUCCUAAUGUUGUCACUUAUACAGCAUUGGUUGAUGGCCUGUGUAAACGUGGUGAGGUAGAUAUAGCAAAUGAACUUCUUCUUGAAAUGUCUGAGAAGGGCUUUCAACCAAAUGUCUACACAUAUAAUGCACUUAUCAAUGGUCUUUGUAAGGUAGGAAAUAUAGAGCAAGCCAUAAAAAUUAUGGAAGAAAUGGAUCUGGCAGGGUUUUAUCCUGACACUAUUACAUAUACUACACUCAUGGACGCUUAUUGUAAGAUGGGUGAAAUGGCCAAGGCUCAUGAAAUGCUGUGGGUUAUGCUUGGUAAAAGACUUCAGCCUACAAUUGUUACAUUCAAUGUGCUAAUGAAUGGGUUUUGCAUGUCAGGGAUGUUGGAAGAUGGUGAAAGACUAAUUAAAUGGAUGUUCGAAAAAGGUAUAAGGCCGAAUGCCACAACAAUCAAUUUUCUCUUGAAGCAGUACUGUAUUAGAAAUAACAUGCGUGCUACAACAGAGAUUUAUAAGAGGAUGUAUGCUCAAGGAGUGAUGCCUGACAAUAAUACCUAUAAUAUUUUGAUUAAAGGGCAUUGUAAAGCUAGAAAUAUGAAAGAGGCAUGGUUUUUGCAUAAAGAAAUGGUUGAAAAGGGAUUUAGUCUAACUGCUGCUUCCUAUAAUGCUCUUAUAAAGGGUUUCUGUAAGAGGAAGAAAUAUGUGGAGGCUAAGAAGCUAUUUGAGGAGAUGAGAACUCAAGGAUUUGUUGCAGAAAAAGAGAUAUAUGAUAUUUUUGUUGAUGUAAACUAUGAAGAAGGAAACUGGGAAAAUACUCUUGAGCUUUGUGAUGAAGCAAUAGAGAAAUGUCUUGUUAGGAGAACUUAGUUGAGUUUUGCGUAUGCCACUUUAUGAUGGAAUUAUCAGGGCAGUAAUUGUUGUCUGUGUUGCUCGUUCUUUCUUGGUAGUUCCACUGAAAGUAACUUGCAUAUGAUGAUACCAGUUACUCUCAUGAUUAAAGGAGUGACAUGGGACCUCCAGGUAUUUUUCAAUUCCAAAAUAUUGAAACAGAACAUCACAGUAGCGACUAGGGAGUUUUACUUCUUCAAAUCCCUUAGAAAACUUCAAGAUGUCGUAGGGUAAUAUUGGAAUUGUGCAUACACCUAAAUCCCUUUGCCCUAGUAAGUUUACUGAACAAAUGUAAUAGAGAUUUCUUCGAAUGUGAUAGACAUUUUUUAGUAGAAGAAUGUAAAUAGAGAUUUUAAAUGGAAGUAAUUCUUGCAGCUUUUUAUAUUCCUGUUGUAGGUUUCCUAUCCUUUAAGACUUGUUAUAGAGAGCUGUGAUGAAUAAUGAAAAAUUGAUGAUUUACUUCAGAGUUGACGUACUCAUCUGCUACAAUUUGAAAUUCUUUCAAAGGAAUCGUUAAUAGUCAUGAAGUGCUAAGACUUGUUUUCAUGAAAAAAACAUUACUGCUGAUGUAAAUAAGUUAUUAAUAUCUAUUGAAAUCUGUAAAGAUUACAUGGUGUUAAAAAUUAUGUUAGUUUGCUUGAAUCUAUUAAAAUUAGUUUUAGUUAAUUUGGUGGAAAGAAUAUAUUAAUUGGUAGAACUUUUAGUCAUUACUUACUGGUUCGUUAAAAUGUCUGAAAUGGUAAUCUGAAUUUGGUACCAGGGUGAUAGGAUAUGUAAUGUGUAUAUUAGAAGGAAACAUAUAUAGAAGUAACUGUUAGUUGGGUUGUUAGGGGCUUGUUAGGCGGAGUGAGGCUUUCUAUAUAUAAUGGGGGUCUUUGUAUGCAGGGGACAUUUUUGAAAGUUUGGAGAAGUGUUGGCAGGAUCAUUGGCAUCCUGUGAAGGGAACAUUGUCCCUUGGCUGCAUUCAUGCUGUACAUGUUGCCUAGAAUCAAUAAUACAAGAUCUAUUCAUAUUCUCAGUAUAUGGAGAGGGUACGAUGCUUAAAGAAAUAUUUUCUUACUAGUCGUAAUUCUCAGUUGACAAAUGUCAAGGCAAAGGCAAGUAUUUGACAAUUUCAAUAUUUGAUGAUUCUAUUUGGCCAUGUUAACUAUGUUUGAGGGAUUACUUUAAGCUGAUCGUUGAAUGGGGUUAAUACCGUUCGAGGGGCGAAUUGUGACAGGGAUUGUACAGUUUGUAGCCUCCAACCCAGGGCUACAAAGUUGUCUUGUUGGUUGUUCACCUGCCUAUGGUAAGAUGUUACCUGGAUAGAUAGCCAAUAAAAGGUGAAACAUGAUAAUGACUCAGUUUCUUCCAUCAUAUGUUGCAAUAUACAAGUUGUUCUUGAAAGAGAUGCAGGAGUGCUCUUCUAAGUGGAAAACAGAAAUCAAUAUGGCAUAAAUGUGGGUAUUGGUGUACCCGUAUGUCCACACAGGAGCUUGAGAUUUCCCUGAUGUUGGGAUACUGGACUUAGAUGCAUAUUUCUGAUAUGUUGGUAUGAAUUUGCUUUCCCUGGGAUCCAGUUUUUGCAAUUACAGUGGCGUUAUCUGAUUUGUAGUCAAUUAUAAUGCCUGUAUUCGAGGCCUCAUAUCAAAGCAUGUAUAUUCUUGAGUGGAUUUUAGGAUGUGAAUAUGAACCGGUAUGUUGAAGAAUAAGAUUUACAAUAUUUAAUAAUUCAAUCUAAUAACUUAGCAGUGACAUUAAUGAAAGGUAGGAAGUAGGUGCAGUUGAAUAGUGGACAGGGGUAGGUAACAGUACAAAACUUCAUCUAGCAUUCUACGUUCACGUUGUGAACUAACCUCCUAACACUCUACAUCAACUAAUCUUCUCAUCACUAUUGCUUCCUUCCUCUAUUUAAUUAUUAGUGAUGAGCAUCCAAGUAGAAAGACAAACCUAGGGAAUUGGAACAGGUGACAAUGAAGAGUGAGGUGAAGUUGUUGGGAGCAUGGCCAAGCCCAUACGUGUUGAGGGUUCGGAUAGCUCUAAACAUGAAA